AUGGAUUUAUUUUAUGCAAAAAUCGUGCAAGAGAUUGAAUCAUAUAUAACUGAUGCUAAUCUAAACAAUGAUUAUAUCAUAGCAAAUUGCGUACGUGAAAAUGAUGGAUGGAUACGGCUUGAAUUGUUAAGUCGUUGUAAUAAAUUAUCAAGUUAUAACUAUGAUACAAUACUUCAAGCUUUACACUCUAAAUAUUCAAAUAUAAUUGAAUUGAGUUCAUUUACACCUCGAUGUAUACGUCAUCGAUGUCAACCAUUAACAGGAGAUAGUAUUCAAGAUAAUCGAACUGUUAUUGUUACCGGUUUACCAUAUGAUGCUAGACAUGAAGAAUUAAUAGAAUUUUUCAAUCAUUUUUAUCCGGUUAAAGAAAUAAAAAUGUUUUCAUUAUCAAAUAGAUUUAAUGGAAUAAUUCACCUUAUAUUUAAACAAUCGCAAGAUGCAUUAGAAUUUGUUCAACGAUCAAAAUUAACACGCAUACUGUAUGUUCGUGAUAAUUCACAGCAAUUAUCGAAUGGUUAUGACAUUGCUUGUAAAAUGUUAACUGAUAAUGUUAAUAAAGAUUUUAUUGAACAGAAUAAUCAACAAAAUUUUAUUAAGGGUAACAAAAAAAAAAUAGAAAUUAAUUAUUUAUAUAUAUUAUUUUUAUAA